AUCAACAAAAAAUAAAAAAGGCAGAACCUUCCUCUCCCCUCCAUUAAGUCAUUCCCAAAGAAUUGAUUUCUCUCUCUUUCUCUCUCUCUCUCUCUCUCUCUCAAAUCCACAGCAACUACACGCAGCAGUUCUAAUCCAAUCCAUUUCCUUUUCCAACUCUUCCUAUCCAUUUCGGAUCAUUCUUUCUUAGCAUCGUCUCGAUCGCCUCUUGCGUUUUUCCCCCUUUUGUCCGCUGUUGAAAUUCAUUGCCUGCCGCCGAUUCACGCCUUCAAGAUACCCUUUUUCUUUCCUUUUUCGAUUAAUCUGCGCGUACCCAUCUCGUGAACGACUCCGAUUUUUGGAUCUCUACCCAUGGACCCGUCCUCAGCCAAGCCUCGAUGCUCCGUCCCCAAACCCUGCAAUCACCUAGCUGAUUACAAGCUGAAAUACGGCCUGGCGGGCUACGAUUCCCUCCAGGACAACUUCGUCACUGGCUCGAAUGGGAAGACGAUCGUUUGUACGCCCGAUAGGAAGAUACCCAGAUGCUUUUUCUGUGAUGGGUAUCGCGAAAGGCUCUACCUUUGCUUAGUUUGCUCUUCGGUCUCUUGCUUGGAUCACACCCUCUUGCACUCCCGAUCUGAUUGUGGAAACGACAUAGCUGUCGACGUCAAAAGAUCCGAGCUUUACUGUGGGAAAUGUCAUGAUCAGGUCUAUGAUGCUGAUUUUGACACUGCUGUGGUGAGUAAGUAUAAGAAGGACCUGAUAGUUUGCAGAAAUGCUUUUGAGAGUAUUGGGGAGAGAUCGAGUAAGAGGAGGAGAUUGAGUUCUGCGAUAGAUUUGGAUUUGAAGAAGUGGAAGGAGCUGCCUUGUAUAAGAGAUCAGAGGGCCAAGUCUUGGUAUCCGAUUGGGUUGAGAGGAUUGAAUAAUUUGGGGAACACCUGUUUCAUGAAUUCUGUGUUGCAAGCAUUGUUACAUGCCCCUCCGUUGAGGAAUUACUUCCUUAGCGGUAGGCAUAACCGCGAAACUUGCCAGAGGAGAUCAUUAGAUGGAUUCUGUUUGCUUUGUGACAUUGACAUUAUCUUCUCGGCCAUGUUUUCGGGUGAUCGGAGUCCAUAUAGCCCAGCUCAAUUUCUUUACAGCUGGUGGCAGCAUUCAGCAAAUCUAGCUAGUUACACGCAGCAAGAUGCUCAUGAGUUUUUCAUUUCGCUGUUGGAUGGUAUCCAUGAAAAGGAGAACAAACUAAGGGACACGAACAAAGAUGCUGGAGAUUGCCCAUGUAUAGCUCACAGGGUAUUUUCUGGACUCUUAAGAUCAGAUGUCACCUGUCUGACUUGUGGAUUCACUUCCACAACCUAUGACCCUUUUAUGGACAUUUCACUUCACUUGGAUUCGAGUCCUUGUUCAUCAACAGAGACAACUAACAAAGGUUCUAAAUUGAAUGGAAGCACGAGCAUAUCUACAUCAACCCUCAUUGGAUGUUUGGAUCUUUUCACGAAACCGGAAAAGUUGGGAUCGGACCAGAAACUACACUGCCAAAAUUGUCAAGAAAAGCAAGAUUCUUCGAAGCAACUGUCCAUUGGGAGGCUCCCUUUGGCAUUGUGUCUUCAGGUAAAAAGGUUUGAGCACUCAUUCAUAAGGAAAACAUCAAGGAAAAUAGAUUGGCAUUUACAGUUCCCAUUCUCUUUGGACAUGAGCCCCUACUUGUCCUCCUCGAUCAUCAGAAAGAGGCUUGGGAAUAGAAUGAUUUCUUUUGAUGGCGACGAAUCUGAUGUCUCAGCUGAAUAUGAGAUAUUUGCUGUUGUUACACAUUCUGGCAUGCUGGAAUCGGGACACUAUGUGACUUAUCUGCGCUUAAGAAACCAAUGGUAUAAAUGUGACGAUGCUUGGAUAACUGAGGUCGAUGAGGCGACUGUCCGAGCUUCACAAUGUUACAUGACCUUCUACGUGCAGAAGAUGCUGUACCACAAAGCCAAUGAAGAAAUUGGUUGUGCACCAACUUCCUCACGGAGGGAUUCACUUAUGUCAGUAGUAGGUUACUGCUAGAGAAAGACCAUGUUGAUGGGUGUUUUCAUAGGGUGGUUGUGGAGAUCAACACAAAUUGCAUGUGAUGGUUGACAAAAGGACGGACGGACGGAGGUUUAUGUAGAUCGCCCUUCAAUAAAAUGAUGGAGGUGGAGCCCAAAAUGGGAAAAAGAUGCAAAGAUAAUUUAACAGCAUCCCCUGCUUGGACAGUGAUCAUCAGAUUCAUCAGACUCACUGUUAAGUGCUUAGUAUUCUUUGAUGGGAUUCAUUCAUGUAUAGUGUCCUCUGUCCUCACUACUAAUACACAGCAACAUUAUGACUAAGUCCCCUCUGCUUCCAUGUUUCAUCCGCUUUCUUUCUGAUUAUUGAUGUCUCCAAGAUCUCUCUC